GGGAUAUGUAGUCCGCCCGACGCGGCAGGUCCAUUGAAGCCGCGUUCUCCGGCGCCGCCCGCGAACUACAGGCGGCGGCGGCCGGUGUCUGCCCGUGAGGAUGGCGGCUCCCUUGGUGCUGGUGGUCCUGGUGGCCGUGACAGUCCGGGCCGCGCUCUACCGCUCCAGCCUCGCCGCUUUCAUCUCCGAGCGGGUGGAGGUGGCGUCCCCGUUGAACGCCUGGAAGCGAGUGGUUGAAGGAUUAGCUCUGCUGGAUUUGGGGAUCUCGCCAUAUUCUGGAGCUGUUUUCCAUGAGACCCCUCUGAUAAUAUAUCUCUUCCACUUCGUGAUUGAAUAUGCUGAAUUGGUGUUCAUGAUAACUGAUGUUCUGACUGCUAUUGCCCUUUACUUGGCCAUUCAGGACUUCAACAAAGUUGUGUUCAAAAAGCAAAAGCUCCUAAUAGAACUGGAUAAAUACGCACCAGACGUGGCUGAGCUCAUCCGGACGCCCAUGGAGAUGCACUACAUCCCCCUCAGGGUAGCACUAGUGUAUCUGCUAAACCCCUACACCGUGAUGUCUUGUGUGGCAAAGUCCACCUGUGCCAUCAACAACACUGUCCUUGCGUUCUUCAUUUUAGCUACAAUAAAAGGUAGUGCCUUACUCAGUGCUGUAUUUCUGGCCUUAGCAACAUACCAGUCACUCUACCCGCUCACGUUGUUUGCUCCGGCACUUCUUUACCUGCUACAGCGUCAGUUCAUACCAAUAAAACUGAAAAGCAGAAGCUUCUGGCUCUACACCAUGCAGUAUGCAGCCCUGUACCUGUGCAGCCUGGUGGUGAUCAUCUGCCUCUCCUUCUUCCUCCUCAACUCCUGGGAUUUUAUCCCAUCUGUUUACGGGUUUAUCCUUUCCGUUCCAGAUCUGACACCCAAUAUUGGCCUUUUCUGGUACUUCUUUGCAGAGAUGUUUGAACACUUUAGUCUUUUCUUCGUAUGUGUAUUUCAAAUCAAUGUGUUCUUCUACACCAUCCCCUUGGCAAUAAAGCUAAAGGAGCACCCUGUGUUCUUCAUGUUUGUCCAGCUCGCAAUCAUUUCUAUCUUCAAGUCGUAUCCCACCGUGGGAGACAUUGCACUGUACAUGGCCUUCCUUCCAGUCUGGAGCCACCUUUACAGAUUCCUCCGGAACAUCUUCAUCCUGUCAUGUGUGCUCAUUGCCUGCUCCUUCCUGUUCCCCGUCCUGUGGCACCUAUGGAUUUAUGCAGGAAGUGCCAACUCCAACUUUUAUUAUGCCAUCACGUUGACUUUCAACAUAGGGCAGAUCCUGCUCGUCUCGGAUUAUUUCUACGCCUUCCUCCGGCGGGAGUACUACCUCACUCACGGACUCCACUUGACGAGGCAAGACGGGACAGAAGCCAUGCUCGUUUUGAAAUAAGGAUUUGCCCACCAUUCCCUGGGACAUGGACCACUCUGAGGAACGUGCAAAGCUUGGGGUACGUGGGGUGGGAGGGAAGGUUCCCUGAAUGAGGUCUGACUUUGGGAAUGAUACCUACUGAAAGGAAGGGCUGAGGUUCUUCUGGGAAUACCCUCCUGAGCUGUGGGCUCAGUGCAGAGACUAAGAACUACAAGUAGGAGCUGCAGUGCCUCCUCUGGAGCAUCUCCCCUCUUCCCUCAGCUGUGCUUUGCACUGCAACCUCAGCCAUCAACUCUGGGCAGACCAGCAGGAACUGGAGAAAGUGUCUGAACUAAAAGCAAGGCUGAAUCUCUGGCCCAGAAGGAGCUCAGACCAUAAACUGUUUCCUUUACUAUCACUGCUUCUUGGGGAAGUUUGCUUCCGGAAAUUUCCCCUUCACUGCUUGAUGCUCCUGCUUGGCACAAGGCAACCUCUGGGUACCUGGUGCUCAAGCAUGGGACGCAAAGGCCAUUUCUUGGAUCUGCUGCUGUGGGAUCUGGAAAAAUCACAUGUGCUCAGGCACAGGGGGUGUUUGUGAAACAAAUGGUGACCAAGGAUGAGUGAGUUGUUGGAAGUAGGUCAGCUGAAGCUGCUGCCACAGGUGACAAUCCUGGAGCUCAAACACUAGUAAGAACUGGCACUGGGGUGAGAGCAGGAGCCGGCGGUGCCGGGUGGCUGCUGUAUCCCGUCCAAGCCGCACCGGCACUUCGUGUCAGGAUCUGCACAGAGGCAUUGCAGGGUCUCGGAAGAGGGAACACGACUGUGGAGACAACAGUCCUGUACUCCUUGUUUCUGUGGGUGACAAAGCCUGGUGGUGCAGGGCUCGCUUGGAGCCUGGUGUGGAACAAGCAGGCUGCCUGCCUGGGGACCUGGCAGUGUCCAAAUCUGGACCAAAUCCAGGAGGCUGAGCCACUGCUGGCGUGGAGUUGGGCUCCAGGUGUUCCGCAGCCACUGAACACUGCGGGAUGUGCCCUUCCCGUGGUGCCCUCUGGCCAGCUCAGCGGUGGUACCGUGCGGCUGUGUGCGGGGGCUCCGGUGCAGCACUCGCUCCCUCCACUGCCUCUGUGCUCAGUCCUGCUCUCUGUGGCGUUGCUGCUGACCCCUGAAUGUCACGCACCGAUUCCUCCAGGCUGGCUUCUUGCGGUGCUGGGUGUGUGGUGGCAGAGGAGCGGUGGCCCCAGCGUGGGAGCCUUCUCCUGGUGCCGGGCUGCGGGCAGCCAGCUUCCCGCUGCUCCCUAGAAAAACCCAAAGGGCUGGGAAUGUCACAGCGUCAAACUGCACCUGGCACAGAGCAACUGAGAGCCCGGCGUGCCCAGGCAGUGGUGUAAACAGCCCAUCUUUCUUUCUGGACAAUUAAAACUUUUGCCUUACUGCACUGCUAUUAGCGCUUUGGUGGGGGGUGUUGAUCUGGCCCAGGGCCCGGCUGGGACAGGCCGUGCAGCCCUGGGCCAUGGCGGGGGCACACGGAGCCCGGGCCGCUCCCGGCUGCGUGGCAUGGCCGGAGCUUAAUAAACCGCGCAAGUUUUGAAGA